UAUCCGCUGUCUCUUUAAAAGCCACUUAGCGAAGCUUCGCGUAUUCCGACAAACACGCCGACGACGUCUUUCCCUUCAGUCGCAGCGCGCGGACAGCGUUCAGGAAUGGAGGCGUUCAGCUUGCUCUCUGCUGGAUAAAGAACUCUUUUCCUGGUUGGAUAUGAUUUGUUUUUUGGCGGAUUGUGUGCUGAAGAAGGAUUUUUGGGGGAUAUAACGGACCGUGUUGUCUCGGAUGGUUUCGUGGCGUCUCUUCACAUUGAAACUUGCCGAUGCAAUAAGUUCCUAUUUGUAAAUUCUUUGACAAACACGCGGAUGCUUAUUUUGUUGUUUCUGGCACGGCGGGUCAUGAAACGGGUGGAAAUUAAAGCAGGGCCAGCAACAUGAAUCCAGCGUGCGGUCUGCAGCAUACAUACACACACACACACACACACACACACACACACACACUGAUGUUGUUGUAUUCCGUUGCAACAAAGUUGCUGUGCGCUUGGAAUUCACGCGACCGUAAUUAAACAGCCAUUUUGCACCUGUUUAAAUGAAGCGAGGCGUUUCGAUCCUGUGACGCCGUGCUUUGGAUUACACACACACACACACACGCCUUCUGCAUGGAUCACAUUUGUUUGUUUACCACGUUACGGAGCUUAACAUCCAAGGUCAUACUGUAAAUUGUUUACAGGCUCCAGUAUCUAUGGGUGUGUUUUAUUGAUUGUGUGGAAUCGAUUGGUUUUGACGUGAUCGAGUGUCAGUUUUUAAUUUUUUUUGCGGGGGGGCGGGGGGAGGACAUCGCACCGAUUUUAAAAUGGAAGGGAAAGUGAAGCAGAGUCGCAGAUCCCGUUCGCAGCGCGAGAGGGGACGGAAACGGGAGGCGCGCGCCGGGGAAGCCCAACAUCGGAGCCCCUCGUCUGGUUCCGAACGGGAGCGAAGUCCCGGUAAAAACGCUCCGCCGCGCUCGACUUCCUCGAGCAAAACCCCGCGACCCCCCCGGAGGAAGAGACGCGAGUCUAGUUCUCAAGAGGAGGAUAUUAUUGAUGGAUUUGCUAUAGCCAGUUUCGUCAGUUUGGACCGUCUCGAGAACAAGAAUGUUUUGGUUAAAAUGGAAAAGAAGAAAUGGGAGGAGAUUGUAGUCAAACAACAGAAGGAGGCCGAGGAGAACGUGACCCCUGACAUAGACGAGAACGGCUUCGGCAAUCUGGCCACCAGCAUGGGGCGAGACCAGGAGCGGGUGAAAGAUCGUCUGCUGAAGAACACAUACUCCAAGAGGAGCAAACGAUCCUUGAGUCUUCUGAGCCAGGCUGGGAAGAAAAUGGAGGAGACGGAGGUGAACACAGCACCCAGGAGCAUCUCCAAAGAUCGGCUCAGUGAGAGCUCCACUCACUCUCUGUCAGGACGAGGGUACUCGUGCGACAGAGAGAGUGACAUCGAUGACAAGGCAUCUGAUAUAGGAUCAGAGAAGCUUUUCUCGCCUACUGCACCUAAAGUUACACCAACGAAUGAGAAUCUCGGGUCCAAAACUUCCAGCUCGACCAAAGUGUCUGGCCUUCAGCGUAGCCAGGAACAGAGUAACGACGUUUCGUUUGUCCCGCCGAUCUCAAGUCCGACUCCAGCGUCGCCCCCUACGGGGUCUCCUGCCCCUGCUGCGGCGGCAGCCCCCGCGCCUAGAACGCACCCGCUCUCCACGAACCCUCUCGCUAUCAAGAAGGAAUCUGUGCCCCCUAACCCCACCCCGUCCCUCCUGAGGAACCAAUCACAUUCACUGGAGCACAGAGUCCCGCCCCCAUUGCACCACAGCCAUCCAGUCAUCAGUCACCGUCAUCAUCCUUCGCCAUACAGCAGUCUUCACGACAUCAGCAACAACCCUUCCACGCUUCCUCCAAAAUACCACCUGCCUCACUCCCCUCAUCACCUCAGCGGCCUCCCGUCUCCUGCUCCUCCUCUUCCUCUCUCCAUAGCCGGUCUGCCCUCCUCCCACUACUCCCUUCACUCGCCCUCUCACCUCUCCAGCCAUCCGGCCAUGUUCGCCAACCCUGCUACACUGCCUCCUCCACCCACCUUACCGACCAACAGCCUGGUGGUGCCAGGACACCCUGCCGGACCACCCUAUCCAGAUGUUUCAAGAGUGAGGCGAAAUGGGGCACGCAUCAGAGAGCAUGAUCUUCUGCGGCAGGAGCUGAACAACCGCUUCCUGGUUCAGAGCUCGGAGCGAGGUCGGGGGGCGGCGCCGGGGGCCACAGGGUCGCCGUUGGCCCCUGUGUCGCUCCUCCGAGCCGAGUUUCACCAACAUCAGCAUAUGCACCAGCACCAACACACGCAUCAGCACACCUUCACGCCCUUCCCUGCCAUCAUUGGGCCGCCCACUGCACCUCCCAUGGUGCGUACCCCAGCCAGAAAUUUCGACAAGUACGUCCCAAAGCUGGACAAUCCUUUCUUGAGACAUUCAAAUUUCUUUCCCUCCUAUCCACCAACAAUGCCAGGCAUGCCUCCAAUGCUUCCACAUUCAGGGCCCUUCAGUUCACUGCAAGGAGCCUUCCAGCCAAAGGCCUCAAACCCUAUUGAUGUUGCAGCACGACCAGGAACGGUCCCGCACACUCUCCUUCAGAAGGACCCACGGAUAACGGAUCCUUUUAGGACCUCAGUAAGAAAGCCAGGCAAAUGGUGUGCAGUGCAUGUUCAAAUCGCCUGGCAGAUCUACCAUCAUCAGCAGAAGAUGAAACAGAUGCACUUGGACCCACAUAAACUGGAUAUGAAUGGAAAACUUGAUCUGUUCAGCCGUCCUCCAGCUCCAGGUGUGUUCCCUGGGUUCCCCUACCCUCAUGAUCUGGCCAGACCCCUCUUUUCAUCAACAGGAUCGGGACAUCCAGCUGCUUCACCCUAUGGACCGUCUCCUCACCACGCUGGCUUCCUGCCUCCUAGCCAUUUGGCAGAUCCAUUCAGUCGCUCCAGUACCUUUGGCGGCCUCAGCAACCUUUCAAGCAGUGCCUUCGGUGGAUUAGGCAACCCAGCCCUCGGGGCCAACAGUGUAUUUGGACCCAAAGAGGGUCCAGGGCUGCCUGGUCUCAGUAGUCCUCAUCAUGACACCUGGAAUCGGCUGCACCGAACACCACCCUCCUUCCCGACCCCUCCACAGUGGCCCAAAUCCACAGAUGCAGAAAGAAGCAGCUCUGCAAACAGCCAUGACAGAGAGAGAGAGCGGGAGCGGGAGAAAGAAAAAGAAAGGGAAAGAGACAAAAGGGACUCUUCUAUUGGGAAGGAAGAGAAGGAUAAAGACAGAGACUCUUUAGAUCGUAAUCGCCAUUCGAACCGCUCUUCUCCAGCUUCCGCUCCCGUUAGCUACCAGAUCAGCAGCCUGAUCCGCUCCAACAGCCAGAACUCGACCGACUCCGGCAGACACCGCAGCGGUAGUGCCGACCGCAACCGUGAGCCUGAGAAAGAGUUGCUGGACCGCCAGCGAGAGGCAGGCAUUUUGGGAGACAUAAAGGUGAAGGAAAGUCGUUCUCCAGGAAAGGAAAUCACAGACAGACGUUCCUCAGAUGACUCUCUUAAAUCCAUCCACCGAUCGCCCUCUCCAUACUCGAAAAAUGUCCUUAACGAUGCAGGAAUCAAGAUGGGUAUCCCACAACCGCCACCGAUGAAAGAAAGUGAGAGGGAUAGGAAGGAGACCAGCUCAGGGGAUCUGCUACAGAAGGUGAAGAACGACAUGAAGAUCAAGGAGGAACGCAAGGAAGAGCCAGACGUGAUGGUGGUUGGAUCCGAAGCUGCCACUAAACCUCAAGUCCCUCCCCCG